GUGCUUUUCAGACUUUAUAUUCGUAGUUGGUGCGCACAAGCGGGAAGCAAGGAGAGCGGAGAUUGUUUUUGGGGGGGAAAACCGAAAAAACAGCGAAGCUGUGUUGUAGCUAUGUUGUCUUCUAGGGUUUUUAGAGGCUCUGAGGCUCUCAUGGCAGCUGCGAAGGCGGCAAGGGCAUCUGCUGCUACCUCCUCUGGCGCCGCUGCUACUAAGCCUCGUGCACCGUCCCGUAACACUGGCAUCUUGAAGGUUAUUCCCGUCUCUCCUUCCAUGCGCAAGUUCCUCGGCGUAUCUGAAGCAUCUCGUACCGAUGCCGUCAAGAAAGUCUGGGAGUACAUCAAACUCAACAACCUCCAGAACCCUUCAAAUAAGAGGGAGAUCCGAUGUGAUGAAAAGCUGAAGACGAUAUUUGAUGGGAAAGAGACGGUUGGAUUCCUGGAGAUUGCGAAAUUGCUGUCACCCCAUUUUGUGAAGACUGACUGAGACAGGAAUUGGCUUUGGAAGUCGCCACAUUUUUGUGAUCAUUUACCUCCUGGUUGUUAUCCCGGGUGUAUUUGACAAGCUUUUAUGUACUUGAAAAUGGACUUGGUUUGGAAUUGGGCCUUCCGUACAA